UUUAUAUGUCUAUGGAGCAUAACUAACUGACUAUUUAUAAGUUAGUUAUUUAUUUUCAAUCCUCCACCCAGUCCAGAUUAGGGUAGAACAGAUAUAGGAAAGCCAUGGUUUGCACCAGAUGCAAGCAACGAGCUCGGCGUUUCUAUACGGCCCAGACUCAAACGUACUACGGAUUGAGUAACUAGCAUCAAGCUGAAACAGCGAAGGCUGGCAGCUCAGUUUGAACGAUCAUCAAAACCCGGGUUUCGAAUCUUGAGAACGUGGGAGAGGCGGUCCUUCAUUCAACUGUAUGACGGAUGGAAUAUCCGCUUUCCCUGUCUUGGUUGGAGCGGUAUUCACCCCAGCCUCUCGAUUAAUCGCCAACGCGGCGAAUUAGAUGAGAGGGGAAACAGUCAGACCAUGAGGGGUUAAAAGAACAAAGACAUUGUUCCUUCAUUUUACUUCUUCUCAUAUUAUUUAUUUCAACCUCAAACAUUAAUCGCAGUUGAAUUUGACUCCCCCGUUGCGUCGUGCAAGCGGUAUCUGCGAAGAUCUGAAUAGCCACUAUCGCUUCUCGCGUACCUUGGCAGCGUGAUCUAACUAACUACUCACCGACACCCUCAAGGACACUCAGGCAAUUUUCUAUCCUCACGAUAGGUGAGCACGUUUUCCAGGUCGUCGCCUAUCCCGCCCUUGGAGACCUCAACCUGCCUCGCGAGAAGGUUCUGGAUUUCACCACCAGCUAGUUGUACUGUAACUACUUGUUAAGCCUGAAGCACCGGCCAAUUGAGUUGAAGGCUUACGGCCCAAUACGUGGUGAUUGCAGGUUGGCAAAUAAACAAACAACUAGUCUCGGUUUUCAAAGGUCGCUGGAAUCAUAUUAUCAUUCCUCGUUCCCGCCCCUUUACCCAAUGCUCAGCUCUGAAUCGAAAUUAUCCCAAGCUUCUACAACAAUCCGCAACCUGACAUAUUUCCACAACCGCUCCCCGAGCCAACUCCCACAUUGUGAACUACCCUUUGACUCAACAUAUGGAGAUAGUAGGAGUUCAAUAGAUGCUCCUCCCACAAUUUCCACAUUUAGGCCAUCCCUCAAUACCACAACGCACCCGAAAAUAGAAGCAAACACAGCUGCGCACCGCCGAGCGAAAACCGAAACUUUUUCUCUCCCAGGUACCAGGCCUCAUACCAACGGUAACGCGCACCUAAAUCGCCUAGAUGAGGUUAAUCUAGAGCCAAAUACCGAGCAAAAGAUUACGUCGCCUAAAUCAAGUCGCCCAGCGACGCUAUUUACGGGUCUCUUCCAAGGGGAAUCCGCACCGAUUCGCUUCGGCCUGGUACGCUCGUACGCCGAGGAAGCCACAACCAACAACACGGACCGGCCCAAUACAGCAAUGGAAAUGACAGAAUCACUCCCGCCGCGAGCUCAAAGAAAUUUCACGAAAAGGGUGAGCAUGCCUUCCCCACUAAAACAAGUGAGCUCCUCAGCUCGGUUUUCUUUUUUCGGGCCCAGACCUCAAUCCCAAGACUCGACUCGAGGCCAACUGCCUGAACCUGCAGACGACGAAUUUCUAAACCUCGAUGUGAGCUCAGUACUUUUCCCUUCUGGCUCGACGGAUCUUCCAGCACCCGAAGCCCUCAAGAGUCUCCAAUACAACGCGGAGCGUGUUAUUGGUCAGCUCCAAGCUGCAUAUAAAUUACGGACGUUUGCACUCCAUGAAGCACUAGCAGAAAAAUCAUCACUGGGGGAAGAGCUGGAAGAGACGCAAUCACGCCUGCUAAAUAUCAAAAAUCAACUGAACGGGAUGGCAGAGAAGGUGGACGAACAGGACAAAGCCAUGAAAGCCAUGGCAGAGGAACUUAAACUCGAGCGCCAGAAGCGCCAAGAAAAUGAAGAAGAAGAGGCGCGGAAACGAAGUAUUGUCCUUGUCAGAGAACCCGAACCAGCCCAUUAUCAGGAUCACAGCCACCAUCGCAGGUGCAGCUGCGCUGCCAAGGACGGAAGCAGAGACGGCCCUGAGACCAUGUCUACAAAACGCCACAGCAAACGCUCCAGCUGUGGCACCUUCUACAGUGACUCAGGCUUCGAAUCCGGCGAUGAGAGCACUACCGAAAGUAUAUUCUCUCGAAAGUAUGAAAAUCUAGGCUCCCCCUCGACAUUAGCGACAAGGGCCUCCGGCGCGUCGUCGCCAGAUAUCGGCUUCUCUAUUACACCCCUCCCAUCGCUUUCAGAGGACCAACUGGCACCACCACGGCCACAGCCACAACCACAGCAAUCGACAGUGCAAUCCAAACCCACAGCCCCGGCAACAAAACCCUCCGCUUACGACAGAGUGCUCAGGGGUAUAUCGUCAGCUAACCUUGGAGCUUCGUUUAUGAGUUCAAGCCCAUUUUCUACUUCCCGAUGCUCCAACUGCCAUGGAGCCACUGCGUCAGAUGCGUGGGGGGUAGUCUCUGUACUUAAGGAGGAGAAUCGGGGACUUAAGAAUAGAAUUGGGGAAUUGGAGGCUGCAGUUGAUGAGUGUAUUACGUUGGUCGGGGGAUGAGUAAAAGUGAAUAUUUUGUUCAUGAUGCUAAGAAGUUUUUGUUCAUUAUUAUUUUCUUUUUUUCUUUUUUCUUUUUUUUUUUUUCGCAUUUAUUGGGAAUGAGAUAUUUUAAGAAUGAGAGUUGACGAUGAUAUGGCGAUAUGUGGUAGGUAUUAUACAUAUAUACGUUGUUUUAUUUAUGAGAACAGGACUGGAUAAUUAUAGUGGUUUUUCCCUGUCUUGAUAGCGUUGUGGAGAUUGUGACUUUUUUAUGCUACGGUUUAUUAUUUUCCUCUCGAUAAAUAUUAUUUGCCUUUCUUCUCUACUGUGUUUUGGAUUAUGUUCGCUGCGAGCAGCGAGCGAGGUUGGAUUUGAUUCUUUCAGUGAUCACGAGAAGUUUUAACUAACUGGUUUUAAUAUUAGACAGCCUUCUCUACAUUGUUUUAUUUUUUUUAUUUUUAUUUUCUGUUUGUUUGAAGAGAGGAUAGAUCUUGAUGCAUUCUCUAAGAAGUUAACCCCUUGUAUUUCCCCAAGAUCUCCCCCCACUCGAAGACCUUCAUUCACAAGAUAAAACAUAGUUAUAACUCCUUGUCUACCAACACCCGAUUACCCACCCACCCAUAUCUUUUUAGCACAGUGGUUCUUAACACCCCUUACAUUAACGAAAACAACGAUAUAUAUCAACAUAAACGCCCGAAAACUCCGUAUCGGAAUCACCUUCCCUCAGCCCCGGGUCCUCCGCGCCGCUCAAUCCCCGGCCUCAACUCCAAAAUCCCGUUGCACUUCCACAUAUCUAACUCCUCUCGCUUCCGCAAUCAGGCCCAUCAGCCCCUGCCCAAUAUCCUUGAUCUCAUUGUACUCAUGUAACAGACGGAUAUGUCGCUGGACAAUGGCGGCGGCGUCCUUAUCUGUACCCGUGCCUUGGGUAUUCGGGGGACUGCUGUGGUUUGACCUGAGCUUCGGAGAGGAGAGCUUCAGUCUUUGAGAUUUCGGAGUGGAGGGUAGAAAUUUUGGAGGUGAGUGAUUUCUGAGGAGCAGUAUUAGAAAUGUGCCGAUAUGGGAUUUAUAUAGCAUGCGUUAAUAGUAGUUGGGGGGUUGCUAACAAUCAUUUUUUCAUGCUUGUCACUGUACCGACUGGGAGUGGGACUCCCCAGGAGAGAUGGAUCAGGCUCCGGUCUAGAUAAGGAGCUCGCUGGUGAUGCUGUUGGCCGUGGGCUUGAGGUUGCUUGCUCUGUGUUUGCCACUGGAAUGUGAUCCAGGGGAUGAGCCAUUAUUUGUUUUGGUCGGCUCAAUUAAAUAAUCAGGUUAGGUUCCUCCGUUUUGUUCGAAGAUAUUUCGUACUUUGCUCUGGGAUUUCAAACUUAUCAAUAUAAAAUUCCUUGAACAAUCCCGAUAGCCCAACUAGGAGAGAGGGACAGCAAAGGGGUGCAAUGUAGAUCACGGUACUCAUAACAUCUCUAGGAAUUGGAGGUAGCAAGCAAAGUCGCGGGAAGGCAAAAUGAUUUUUUAUAGGAGUGAAGAGUUCA